CCCUCCAUUCAUCCCCCCCCCCCAACUCUUCUUCUCUUGUUUUCCCCCCAUUGUUCUAAUCACCUCAUCUUCUCUUACUGUAUCGUCUCAUUUUCCUCCCUUACCCUGCAGCGGUGAGCUUGGUACACCAUAAUAUCCUUAAUCCCUACGCUCGUUUCUAUUCAAGCCACCGCUCUCUCUACCUGUCGCUUCCCCCGCUCCGGCCCUCCGCUGCGUCUCUCGGUUCCGCCAGCCACCAACCAAGAAAGCAACAAAUCUAGGAUUCUGAACAAACUGUUAACGGCUAUGCGGGUCAACUAUACUCGCUAUAUCUGUUCGUAGGCUGGAAGCUGAGCUUGUACAGCUAAUGCCAGCUCUACUGACGUUGACCUACUUGGAUCCAUCGAUGCCAGUACCGUCAUGGCAUCAUACACCCCCUCUCCGACCACCAUGACGGGCUAUGUUCCUGGGUCUGUUUCAUUUGCGGAGGCUCAAUCGCACCACCAGCAUAAUUCUCUUGCUGCCUACUCAAUUCUCGGGAACAAUCACUAUCCAGAUAGUGUCGCAUACUGGCAUAAUCCUUCAGCGCAAUCCCAGCCGCCGCUUCCCGCCGCUUCCUAUCCGUCGGUUCCUCCAAAGCCGCAGUCGCUGCUGCAACCAACCCCCGAUUCUAAGAAGCACAAGCGUACCCGCAGCGGCUGUUUCACCUGUCGGUCCCGUCGUAUAAAGUGCGAUGAAACUCGUCCUGUCUGUGACAGGUGUCGCAAAGGGAAUCGUGACUGUGUGUAUCCGUCUACCAAUACUCCGGGCGCAUCCAAGCCUGCCAGCACCCGCAGCACCUCCAAGGCCCGCAGCAGCCCAGCUCGCGCAGCAGAGGGGUCCACUAGUCCUCGCGAAUCCGACGACGUGCGUGUAUUGGAGACAAUAGCAGACGAGGGGGAAGGAGAUGCGGACAGCGUGGGUUCUAGUGUGCAUCUGUCUCCCACACUAAGUCAGACCCCAACGGCAGCAGCGCGACCCGUGGCAGGUCUGCCCAAGAAACAAAGCGCUCCAUCGAUAAGGCGCCGCAAAGGGAACUCCUUCAUUGCAUCGGACGCCACGCCAUUGCGUACUGAACCCAGCAUAUCCCCUACGCCUUCCACCGAGGCUUCUUCACACAUUGAAUUUCUCAGCGCCCGGUCGGCGAGUCUGGGAGUUCAUCCAGUGGAGUCAACGGCGAGUCUGUUGGCUCGUAGCCAUGUCUCGGAUGAUCUGCGAUUUUACCUUCGUUACCAUUGCGAUUUUAUCACAUAUCGACAUUAUUUCCUCCGACCAUUUAAUGAUAUCUUUGUCCGUCAUAUGAUAGUGGAACUGGCCUUGCAGUACGAACCACUUUUGUAUGCCAUUGUUGGGUUCUCGGCAUACCACCAUUGCGUGCAGACCGGAACAGGCCGGCUCUACUCGUUUCUAAAAUAUUAUAAUGCUGCUCUCACGCUUCUACGCAAAUCCCUAGGCUCGGGCGAGCCACACAGCGAGGCCACGUUAGCUACCGUGCUGGUGCUCACCACCUUCGAGGAGUUCGUCGGAGAUUGGGUUAAUCUCAUUGACCAUCAUCAGGCAGCUCAUGCCUUGAUGCGAGAACUUUUGACUACCGAAUCGAUCAACACGAACGAGCUUCACCAACAUAUUUUCCUCUGGUAUGCACGAUUCGAUGUGGUGGCGGGCAUUUUGGCGGGCAACGAAGCCAUUUUGAGCCGAGAUUGGUAUGUUGCGAAAGAGGAGUACGACGCUCAGCAAGCAGCCGACGAUCCAAGCAAUGUAGACAAACAACUGGCUUGGGCCUCAUCCAUCAAUCGUCGGUUUGGACUAGAGAUGGCAUCUCUGUAUGCCAAAUUAUCACGGGGCAUGAUUCCGAUCGAGGAGUUCAUGGUGCAAAAUGAACUCCUGGGACAGACCCUGGAACGAAUGAAGGCUAUCCUAGUUCGCUUGCAGGAUUCCGAGUACACCGUUCAAGACUAUCCCCAUCGUGUACCACUAACAGAGGACGAUAUCGUGGACCCAUAUGUGCCCGGUGGCAUGCAGUGUGGCCCCCUGUGGGAGGCCAACUUCGUCUGGAUCGACUAUCUAUCCACCAAGGCCAUGUACAAAUAUCAGUCGUUUCUGGCUUUGCGCCAGACGUCCAUGGCAGAAUUAGCGGAUCUCUCUUUGGAGCAGUGUCGUUUGAUGGAGUCCGUCGAUCGUUGGCCGGGCAAGGAGAAUGGUGCCAUUUUAGCAUUCAAAAACAGUGUUGGAAUGGCGGCCAUGUUCCUUCCGCGAGAAGAUAAAUAUAUUAUGUGGGCGCGGCGGAAGUUCGCUUCCUUGGAGCAACAGGGCUAUGUUGUCGCAGCCCGGUUCCGAUCAGCCAUGGCGGCGCUCUGGCAACUGCCGGAGAUUGACCGGUGGUGGCUCCCCAAUGACGAGAACUAUCCCGACCUCAUCCGAGAAGUCCGCGCCAUGACUGAAGAGCGCACCACUCAUCCCCGCGAUAACUUCCGGGAGGAUGUGCGCGACAUGAAAGGGUUGUUCUGGAAUAUCAGUCUCGAUGAUACGGAGAGCGAUACCAGCCCGGCCUCGGUUCCUCUUGCCGCAGAUGCACGACCCACAUAG